AUGGAUCCUUCAACGCUAGCCAUCCCUGCAGUGAUAUUUCUCUCGUUUCUCUUCAUCCUUACACAGCGUCGGAAAUACAGUAGAGAUGGCCGGAAUGGGAGACAGCCACCACCAGGUCCACCGGCUCUGCCGAUCAUCGGUAACCUCCACUUUUUGGGUCAACUCCCCCACCGCGACCUUCAAUCCUUGUCCAGAAAAUACGGACCCAUCAUGUCCUUUCGGUUAGGACAAGUACCGGCGGUGAUAAUUUCCUCAUCGGAAGCCGUCGAAUCGUUGCUCAAGGCCAACGACGCUGUUUUCGCCAGCCGUCCCAGGCUUCAAGCCAACGACAUCCUUACCUAUGGAUCCAAAGGCAUCGUAUUUUGCCAGUAUGGACCUUACUGGAGGAACAUGAGGAAAUUGUGCACCUUGCAUCUUCUCAGUGCGUCAAAAGUAGAGUCUUUCGCUCCUCUGAGGAGGGAAGAGUUGCAGGCCGUUGUCAAGUCCCUUGAAGAAGCUGCGGCGACGCGUGAGGUUGUAGACGUUAGCCAGGUGGUGUCUGGGGUUGUAGAGAACAUUGUCUAUAAGAUGAUACUGGGGUGUCACAACGCUGACUUACUUGAUUUGAAGGUGUAUAUUCAUGAAGCAAUGAGCCUCGCCGGUGCUUUUAAUCUGGCGGAUGUCGUGCCUUGGCUUGGGCGAUUUGAUCUUCAGGGACUGAAACGAGCCAUCACAAAAAUCAGUAAAGCAUUUGACGAGAUACUAGAGAAGAUAAUUGAAGAGCAUGAAGAUGCUAUUAACUCACCAAAGGACCGACAAGACUUCAUAGACAUACUGCUCUCAUUGAUACACCACGCCGUGGACGGACAAAACUAUGGCAUUGAACGAACUAACAUUAAGGCUAUUGCACUGGACAUGAUUGCUGGGGCAUUCGAAACUUCUACCUCUGUCAUUUUGUGGGCCUUAUCUUCACUAAUCAGGCAUCCUAGCGUUAUGAAAACCCUUCAAAAAGAGCUGAAACUGUGGUUGGAAGGAACAAAAUGGUGGAAGAGACAGACUUAG